AUGGGGAUCUCACAUCAGCAUGUUUUAAUGCCAGAUCAGGUAGAUCAAAAAGCUGAGAAUCGGAAAAAAUUGGCAAAGCCAAAAAAUGUUCCUUUACCACCUCCAUCUUCUCAAAUUAGUGCUAGCCACGACAGUGUAGAAGACGUUGGAACAUUUAGAAUGGAAGGUUAUGCACCAAGAAAGAGAAAGGCAAUUGGGAGUAGUCCUUUAGAUAGGGCAUUCAAUCAAAGUGCUAGAGAGCAUUUACAUUCUUUAAUUGCUCGUAUGUUCUAUUUAGCCGGUUUGCCUUUCCAUUUGGCUAGGAAUCCAUACUUUGUGGAUGCUUUUCAAUAUGCUGCUGAGAAUCAAAUUGUUGGGUAUGUCCCUCCUGGAUAUAAUUUGUUGAGGACUACCUUACUUCAAAAAGAAAGGGCAAAUAUUGAAAGGUUAUUGGAACCAACUAAAAAGUCAUGGGAUGAGAAGGGGUUGAGUAUAGUAUCUGAUGGAUGGACUGAUGCACCAAGGAGGCCUCUCAUUAAUUUUAUGGCAGCAUGUAAUGGUGGAGCUAUGUUUAUAAAAGCUGUUAAUUGUGAGGGUGAGACCAAGGACAAGUAUCAUAUUGCCCAAUUAAUUAGUGAAGUGAUUGAUGAAGUGGGUCCUAAUAAUGUAAUUCAGGUAAUUACUGAUAAUGCUCCAGUUUGUCGUGCAGCUGGAUCAAUUAUUCAAGGUAAUUAUCCGAACAUCUUUUGGACACCUUGUGUAGUGCACACUCUUAAUCUUGCUCUUAAGAACAUUUGUGGUGCGAAGGAAAUUGGAGUUGCUGCAUAUGCUUACGAUGAUUGCCAUUGGAUCACUACUGUGAUUGAUGAUGUAAUGUUUGUGAAAAAUUUCAUCAUGAAUCAUUCUAUGAGACUAGCUAUUUUUAAUGAGUUUGUACCUUUGAAGCUACUUUCUGUUGCAGAUACACGCUUUGCAUCUGCAAUUUUUAUGCUAAAAAGGUUUAAACUUAUAUAUCAUGGUCUCCAAACAAUGGUGAUAAGUGACAAAUGGGCUUCUUACAAGGAAGAUGAUGUUGGGAAAGCAGAUGUUGUAAAGGAAAAGUUGUUGAAUGAUGUUUGGUGGGAUAAGAUUGAAUAUAUACUCUCAUUCACAUUGCCUAUUUAUGAGAUGCUUAGAUUUUGUGACACAGAUAAGCCACGUCUACAUUUGGUUUAUGAGAUGUGGGAUUCAAUGAUUGAACGGGUGAAGGCAUCUAUCUAUAGGCGUGAAGGGAAGUCAGAAAAUGAAGAGUCAUCCUUUUACUCUGUAGUGCAUCAAAUAUUAGUGAAAAGGUGGACAAAAAGUAGCACACCUCUUCAUUGCCUUGCUCAUUCCUUGAAUCCAAGGUAUUAUAGUGGGAUGUGGCUUCAUGAAAAUCCCAUUCGUGUUCCUCCUCACAAAGAUGUAGAAAUUUCUGAGAUGAGAAUCAAGUGUUUUAAGAGAUACUUUCCUGAUUCAGAUGAGAGAAGAGUUGUUAAUACAGAGUAUGCGAAGUUUUCAGGUUGUUUAGAAAGUUUUAGUGACUUUGACUCAAUAUGUGAUAGAGGAGUAAUGGAACCAGUGGUUUGGUGGUUGGCACAUGGCUCUUCUGCACCUAUGCUCCAAUCCUUGGCAGUGAAAUUACUUAGCCAACCAUGUUCCUCAUCAUGUUGUGAAAGGAAUUGGAGCACCUACUCUUUCAUUCACUCUAUGAGGAGGAAUAAAAUGACACCACAACGGUGCGAGGAUUUGGUUUUUGUGCACUCCAAUAUUCGUCUCUUAUCAAGGAGGAGUCAACUAUACACAGAAGGAGAGACCAAGUUAUGGGACGUUGGGGGAGAUGCAUUUGAUUCAUUGGAGGGUUCUGGUUUCCUUGAAAUUGCAAAUCUUUCACUUGAUGAGCCAGAGAUGGAAGCUAUUUUAUUCAAUGAUGAAGUUGAUGGAAGUGAACUUUGA